AUGGAAAUUUUAAGGACAAUAGCUGAGGACAAGCAAAAGGACUAUCUACUGCUGAAGACUGCUUUAGAAAUGAGGUACGGUGAAGCUCAUCUACAACAUGUCUACCAGGCCCAACUAAAAGGUAGAAGACAACGUUUCGAAGAAAAUUUACAGCAAUUUGAGGCAGACGUAGCGCGCAUGGUGAAGUUAGCUUACCCCACUGCACCGGCGGAAUUCCAAGAGCAGCUAGCAAUUAGUAGCUUCAUCGAUGGACUGCGAGACUCUGAGAUCAGUCAAGCACUAAGACUAGCGAGACAUAAGAACAUAUCCGAAGCUUUGGCCCAGGCGUUAGAAAUUGAAGCUGCUCGACAAGCAUCCAGAGGCUUCCAGGGCAAGGCUAGGCAACUGAGGUUUCGGACUGACGAACAAGGAGGCGAGAAGAAAAUGGAAGGAUUUGUAAAGAGCAUACAAGAGGCAUUGGAGAAUUUACAAAAAGAAAAGGAUCAUCCCGAUUCCAUGGUGUACAGUAGACGAAGGCCCGUCCAGUGUUGGAACUGUGGAGCCGAAGGGCAUCUUAGGAAUCGAUGCCCUAACAACACAUCUAGUCAGGAUCAGGGAAACGCCAAUUAG